CGGCUGUCGGCGCGUGCGCAGUGCGGGCGGAGCGGGCAAGAUGGCGGAGGCCCCGGUGGAGGAGAGCGUGAGCCCGAUGCUGUUACCAGGCAGCACCGGCACGGUGGCGAGCGGCCUCCUCAGUCAGCUCCACGCCACCUCGUGGGACCCCACCCUCAGCACCGACUGGGACAGCGAGAAGCCCUCGCAGCCCUGCCUGCUGCGGAUCAAGAGGGAUAUCAUGUCCAUUUACAAAGAGCCGCCCCCGGGGAUGUUUGUGGUGCCAGACCCACAAGAUAUGACUAAGAUCCAUGCACUAAUCACAGGACCUUUCGACACACCGUAUGAAGGGGGCUUUUUUCUUUUUCUCUUUCGCUGCCCUCCUGACUAUCCCAUCCACCCUCCGAGGGUCAAACUCGUGACAACUGGAAAUAACAGCGUGCGCUUUAACCCAAAUUUUUACAGAAACGGCAAAGUGUGCCUCAGCAUACUUGGCACCUGGACAGGUCCAGCAUGGAGCCCGGCCCAGAGCAUCUCUUCAGUACUCAUAUCCAUUCAGUCCCUGAUGACUGAGAACCCAUAUCACAAUGAGCCGGGUUUUGAACAGGAGAGACAUCCAGGAGACAGUAAAAACUACAAUGAAUGCAUCCGGCAUGAAUCUGUCAGGGUAGCUGUCUGUGAUAUGUUAGAUGGGAAAUGUCCUUGCCCAGAUGCACUAAGGAGUGUGAUGGAGAAAUCUUUCAUGGAGUUCUACGAUUUCUAUGAACUGUCUUGUAAGGAUCGACUUCAUCUACAGGGACAAACCAUGCAGGAUCCGUUUGGAGAGAGGCGCGGUCACUUUGAUUACCAGACCCUACUGAAUCGGCUGCAGAUCACCCGGCAACGAUUGAAAAAGAAACACGAAGAGGAGGAGAUAGAGCCAGACUCUGACAGCAGCUCCUCAGGAAACGAGCAAGACAGCCAGGGCACCUCGAACCCCUAGGGUACAGACUGUGGGACGGGCAGUGUCUGUGGUGGUGAGGAUCUAAGGGAAGCUGGGCACAAGCUCAGGUCCAGGGGCGAGACCCUUCGUGUGGUUUUGUAAAUAGACCAAAGGUCAGGGAUCUUUGUGGGCCGCCUGUUUCACUUGGCUUUCGCUUUAUAAUGAUAGAGAGGAGAGAGAGAGAGAGAGUGAAGGGGAGAAUUGGCUUGGGUCAGAAUCAUAUAUGAUAAUUUUUUUUUUUUAGGAUUUUAGCUCUCCAAUCCAUACUCCUCAAUGGCAGGGCCCUGCUUUCAUUGUAAAGUGUUGCUCCAAUGCCCAGAUUACCCAACAAUGUCACCCUUGUGCUUCAUCCCGACCAAUACAACCAGCAGACAGACGUUUUGUGUGUUUUACAUAAGUGACAUUCACAUGCAAACCAGUUUGUGGUGGUGACUUCCUCUGGGCUGUUGUUGUUCCAAGUAUUUAUGGCUUCAGGAUUUGCAUCUUCAGUCAGUUUUUUGCAGCUUCACCAGGUGGGGAGAGAGAGCCUGGGGCUAACGUGUUCCGCACAACCUACACAAUUAAUCCACUCCAUUUACAGAGAAUCUUCCUUCAGUCUUUUUCAAAGGCCCUUUGAACUUGCUAACAGAUAAACACAAACAAAGGCAGCAAAAUACAGUUUACUGAAAGGCCACUUUUACAGGCAUUUAUAUUAAUGACAUUCGAUUGUCCACUAAAGUAAGUAUUUACAGUAAUCCCACAUUUUUUACUUCAUUUCAGUUUUGUUUAUUUCCAUGAGGCUGCACUGGUGACAAGUAGCUCCUUAUGGUCUCUCCCCUAACCAAUCAAUAACGUAAAUCGAUACGAUUCAAAUUGUUUUAUCAAACUACCCAAAGGCAUGUAUUUUUUUAAAGGGAAUUUGUGGUACGUGACUAACCACGCAUUGUGAAAUAUUUAGUCUAAUGUGCAUGGUAGUUUGACAGCUUUAUUCCUGACCCUUUUCCACAUAUCGAGAUUUUAAGUAUUAAAAACUGUGAAUUUAUCACAGUCUGGCUUCAAGUCUCGCAUGUUGUGUAAUAAUGUUAACUCUACUGGGUGCCUGCAAAUUGUCUUGUGGAGUAACUGGUUGAGCAGUCAGUUACCCGGGUCGAGGAGAAAGAUUGUUUGAAGUGUGUGCUGGAAAAUCGAACUAGAAUCCAAAAAAAGCCCCACGGUUAACAGUUCUAACAACCUGCUGAAGAAGCACUAUUGCCUGCUUGUUCCUUUUAUUGUCUUUAAAAGGCUGGUGAUCUGUUAGGUUUCUGCAGACCAUAUCUGGAGAUGAUGUGCGAUCAUAGCUAAUUAAUUUCUUAUGCAUAAAUGUACAGUUGGGCUGGCUUAAAACUGGAGAUAAAUAUAAAUCUUUAUUCAAAGUUUCUCCUACAUACUAUGCUACUGAAGUCCCGUCUCCACACUCUGGAUUCUUUGCGUUCCCAUCAUAACUUUGUCAUUCUCCGAUGCAAGUUCAAAUCCAAUCUAGGAGAAUAGACUGUUAAAUCCUUCCUCAAUCCACAAUGUCCCUUCUGGUUCAAAGUAGCUUUCACCUUAUUUGAGUUCUGGUGUCUAUUUCAGAUUUGUUGCUCAGGUGAAUUAACUAACUAGGUGCGAGCAAGACAGAACAUUUGUAAAACAUCAACCCUGACAGGCCAAUGGCUGUAAAAUUCCUGGGGUUCGAGUAUCCUGUCCUCCUGGUUUUGUACUCUGUGAUCAACAACAAGUAGGAGAAAAACAAAACACUUUCCAUGUGGCCUGCCUGUUGCUUUAUUCUUCUAUCCCACCCAGAGAUUAUACGUUUGUGGUGGACAUUGAUGUAUGCAGUGGAGUAGAUGCCUAUGGACCGUGUUACCUUGUUUGUCCAAGGAUCCCAUUUCUGGUGGUCCAGAGGACAAGGCCAUACACUGUGUUCCUCAACAAGUCCAAUGAAUUUGCCUUGAAUCCUUUGUUACACUAAUCUAUGGGCUUGACUGGUGAUGAGUACUGUAGGGACCUGCACGUGUGUCAUUCAAAAGUUGAAGACAUAGAGUCCUGUUUUUUUUUCAGUUUGCGGCAGGAUCUUGAAGCAUGUCACAUCACGGUACAAUCAGGAUUUCCUUUUUCUCUAAAUAAUGUCUCCAUUUUUAAAUUUAACUCUUCGGUGAGCUGGCUCUCUGCCACUGGACCUGAGUAGAUGGACCACAAGCAAACAUAUCAACUGCUUGAAAUACUCAGCGGGUUAGGCAACGUUUGUGGAAAAAGGGAACUCGGUUAAUAGUUCAGUUCUUGCACAGUAAUCCUUUCCCCCAAAGACCCCAGAGGUGUCCUGGGCCGUUGAUGGUGUGCAUUGGGUUGGUUGACACCAGAGUGGCUCCUUUGGUUUGCUGCCAGGUGACAGGAGGAAGGGGAAGGGGAAACAUUCACCAAACUGCCUUUGUUCCUGAUCGAUGUGCAAAGACUCUUCUCCCUGUGCACUUUCCAGCAAGAUCGGGUUAAAAGAUGUGUGUGUGUGUGUGCCUGGGUCACCCAGCGUGAAAUUGCCCCGUUGCAUGAUGAGGAGGGAUCCUUCUGUCGCUUGCCUGUUGUACCAGCGAGAGUGUGCUGCUCUCAGGAGUUGAGUGUGAUUGUUCGGUGGGCAUGUCGUGUUAUGCAAUAGUUCUCCAUCCUAUAAAGCGAUCCAAGAUAAUAACCACGGACAUUGAUCACAGCUCUUGUAAUUAUGCACUUUCAAUGCAAUUAAUAGUCGAGGCCAGUGUGAGGGUUUGCUCCUGUGAGCAAACGGUUUGAUAGAUAUCUGAUGGAACAAUAAAGUCACUUUAUAUUUGAGACAAUUGGUCAGAUUUCACCAUGAUGACUUAACACCUUGUUUCUCAAGAGUGAGUUGGUGCCAGACCACUUCAGUGGCUCGGUUUGCUUUCUGGGAUCCUUCAUUCACGGUGCUAUUGGGCAACAUGCAUUACUCUGUGCCUGUGCGUGCGCAUUUUAAAACCUAUGUCAUGUACACUUCAGGCUUCAACCCCCCCCACAACACAGUAAAGUAUUGUGCCAUAAGGGAAGAUAGGGAUGUGAGAACUGUUUUGCAGUCCAUAGACUGGCUCACAUUACACAGACAUACAAUUACUGGGCUGUUCUAA